AUGACGAUUAUUAUUUUUUUAUUUUAUUUUUUUACAUCCGUCGUUUUCUGCAAUGAAAUAUCAAAUCAAAAUAAUACAAGUUCUGUGAAAAUUUUCGAAAAAGGAAGAGGAAUGUCAGAAGAUUAUCAUCAUGAUGACGUUGUUAAACCAAAAUCGGAAAAACCAUGGUUGGGUUAUUAUGAUUUUCUCAUAACCGAAGGUUCAUAUAAAUUUUGGGUUGUUUUCCAGUUGUUCACCGUCGGUUUACUCAUAUAUUCGGCAUUUGCUGCCAUUUAUUACGCCAAAUACACGAUUAACGAUUAUGAAAAUUACGACGAUUACUUAUUGGGAAGAAGUUCCAGGACGAAACGUUACGUUCCAUCACCUCAAACUGAAUUUUUAGGUUUGCCCGUUGAAACGUACCUGCAAAUAUUCAAUGCGAUUUAUAAUUAUUCUUAUAAAUAA